AUGAACCUGAUGGACGAUGACUCCUCCACCUACUGCUCACGCCAAACACGCAGAUCAAUGUCACCUUCACAAACACCAGAGCAGUGCUCUGCUGCUCUCGAGCAAUCUCCAGAGGUUGUUUCUACUGGUUCCGCGGCUCACAGUUCCAUGAGUACAAUGACUGCAACGUCGGAUACCCAGGAGGCGGAGCAGGCGAACCUUUCCGCUCAGGCCCACGGCGGCGAGGCUAACCCGUCAAGAUCUGCGGCGCAUGCGUUUCCGGCAAAGCCAACCCCAGUCGGGGGGCUGGCGAGCACUGAAGGUGUGGGUGUCUCAGAUGGGGAGGGCGCUGCUGAGCCCAAUAAUUUAGCGGGAACCGAUGAUGGGGCAUCUUCUAUAGAAUUUGCCGUGGAUAACGAGACUUUCCGUACAUCCAAGUCGCCCCCACCGAGUACCUUCCUAUUUGUGCGGGAUUCCCCCGUCGAAACGUUUCACAAGGGCAGUCUGCAUCCUCAGCAGUUUGGAGAUUAUGGCAGGCGCAGUGCAAAUAUCACCCAUGGGAACAAGACAAAAAAGGAUAAUGUGCACGAAUGGAGCACAUGCGCUAAAGAGCGCAGCUGUAAAAAUAAAAAGCACGCUGAGGAGGCGCAUAGAAUUUCCUCUUGGCUUCCGGAAGAGAAGGCAGUGACAGCGCCUGUCUAUAGGCGGCGAGCACUGGUGGAGAGUGAAAGUCGCUUGCAGAGCGGUCGCAAGGGGCGGGCUACUCCAGGGUCAAGCGCUUCACGGCGUGGAGGGAGCGCUGGGUCGGGGUCACAACGCGGUGGUCAGGGAAGUUGCGCCUCGUUGGACUCCAAAAAUGCCGCACGAACAAGCAGCCACCGUAGAAGAGGUAACUCGUCAUGCCCUGCAGUGCCCAUGCGUAGCCUUUCAGAGGACAACAAACCCCGGAAGAGAUGGGGGUCGCAUGGUGCACUUUCUGGGCGCUCCUACAUCUCGGAUAACAGCCUGGGACGUGAGAGAAAAGGAUUUGAGCGGCGUGGUGUACCACUUUCCCCGUAUCGUGGUAGGGCAUCUUAUUCACCUCGUCGUCCACACGGCAGCGCCAGUUUGCAUCAGACGCAGGCUACACCGUUGCGGCGUGGGGCUGUUCAUAGCCCGGCGUUAGAGCGGUUGAGACGGUAUCGUUCGCUAGAGUUCUCAACACCUGGGCGACGUAAAGAAAAGGAAGAAAUUGUGACUAUGCUAGUUGAUGAGAUGGACAUGGUCUGCAAUGAGGUUAAGGAGUUUGAUAUGACAACGGAAUACGCGAUGCUUCGAAAUCCCUUUGAACGUUUGUAUCAUAUGAACAACCGCCGUGACCGAGACGAACGUCGCAGUCGUAUUCUUCACUACAUGAAACUAGAUGAGGCUAAACGGCGUCUGCUGGCAGAAAAUGACGAAGUUGAGAGGCGGCGUCACGAGUGGCGCAGGGAACACGAACGGCAAUACGAGGAGUUAUUUGACCGUCUUCAUUUUGAAGCCUCUACCCGGGGGGAGAGUGGUCAAAUUGACAGGUUCCAAAGCACACGAAAUGGAAAUGCGACUGCUGCAAACGACGCCUUGUUUGAACGUCUCUACAAAGAGGCUGUUGAAUCCAUGACAGCGAAGCAGGAACGGGCCCGCAGGGCAGAACUGGAACGGGAGCAGAAGGAGUUGGAUGAGACGCUUCAUGCCAGGAUUCUCGCCCGACUAGAGAUGGAGGCACGCACACAACGGCUAUUAACACCGCGGGAGCGAGAGACACGAGCCACCGCCAUACAAAGCGAACUGCUUCAAAAUCCCGAUCAACUGCGGGAGUAUCUCAGAAUGAAUCGUCUCUCCAAGAAGGAAGAGAAACUGAUGGCGUGGCGACUCACUCGACAGGGGUACAAAAGCGCAGCGAAGCUUGCACAAGAAAGGGAAAAAAAGGAACUGGAAGGGUGCACGUUUCAACCCAGGACAAACAAAAAAUUUAACAUGCGAUGCUGUUCGGCGGCUGGAAGCUACGGUAGAGCCACUUUGGCGUCGUUGUCUUGGGGAAAGAAGGUCGAUGCCAACCCGGCUCCAGCCACCUCCCCGCAACGAUCUUCAUCUCGCUCCCAAAAACUAGUUUGUGAGGAAUUGUAUAGAAGAGGUGUCAAGCAGCGCGAACGACAGAAGGCUCUUGUCGAGGAGGCAGAUAAGCAGAAAAGACUUUCACUGCUGAAAGCCAAACUUAAGGAGGACCACCACUUUCGCCGACGUGUAGAACUAGAUCCAUCGUUGGCUCAACGAUUUAUGGCCUCAUUGGCAGUGUAA